AUGAACUAUAACGUUAUUAAAGCAUUAGAUCAAGAAGAAACAGGUGACCUUAUUAAAUACUUUAAUUAUACAGAUGGAAUACUUGAAGCUAAUUCAGGUGUUCAUGAUAAUAAAUGUUUAUCAAUUGAUUCAUCUGAUCCACCAUGUCCUGUACAAAAAGGAAUGUAUACAAAAUUAAAAUUAACAGAUGAAUCAAUUCAAAUUACAAAUAUAGAUAAAUCAUCUAUUACAGCAUUAGUUAAUAUUAAAAUUAAACCAAGUUCACAAUUUUGGAAUGAAUUAAAAGCACCAGGUAUUUCAAAUCCAGAAUUUGAUAAUAAAUGUGAAAGUAUAAAAAAUCAAACAGUUGUAUUCUUUGUAGGAUUAAAAUCAUCAACACAUUUAUUUGAUGCAUAUAGAGUAUAUUCAAGAAAUAAGAAAACAGCAUGUGAACAAACAGAAGCAUUAUAUGAAAAUGCAGCUAUUAGAAUGUUAAAAGCACAAGAAGAAUUAGAUUAUAAACCAGGAAUUUAUACACAAUGGGAAUCAGCAUAUAAUAUGGAAGAUAAUAUUUGUGGAUGUUAUAUAUCAAUGGAAGAAUUUAUUAAAUCACCAGAUAAUACAGUUGAAAAAGAAUUUGAAGUAAUUAUUCCAAUAGAUGAUUUAUUACCAUUUGCUGCUAUGAAAAUGUUUCCUAAUGCAUUAUUUGGAAAUUUAACACUUGAAGUUAAAAUGGCAAUUCAACAAAAUUUUGUUAUUUGUCAAUGUAAACAAGAAACAAUAUUAAAUAAAAUUUCACAUAUUUCAUCAUCUUCAUAUAGUGGAUCAGAUGAAAUAAAAGAUAAUAUAACAGAAG